UAUAUAAUACAACAUUUGUUCCCAGACACCCUUUCUGUGAAGCUUUGUCUUGCAAUCUUCUUCAAACUUUGUUUAUUUCCUUAUUCAUGGCGUCUACAUUUGUUGCACUAUCAAGCCCAUUAUUAUCUUUUAACAAAAAAGGCAUUCCUUCGCCUUCUAACCAGAGGAUGUUGGGGUCGCCAACACAUAGCAUGAGUGCAAUUUCUAAGAAAUUGGAACUUACUAAGGUUGUUGCUCAAGCUGAUAGAGUUUUGAUAUGUUUGGAGCAGUUACCUGAGAAAUCAGGUGGGGGUGUUUUGCGGACUAAAGCAGCGGUUAGAUAUGAGCGGUGUCUCAUGGCGGAGAUUCUCUCUGUUGGCUUUGAUAUUGGAUAAGUUGGGAUUGACUUUCUCUCUGGAAAGAAGGUUGAUUUGGGAACAGAUGACAGACAGGCAUUGCUUUGUUAAGGAGAUUGAUUUGCUGGCUGUGGUCGACUGAUUUUCCACUGGUUUUAUAGGAUAUUAUUACCAACUAUUGGCUUCCCUAGUAGCUACUGUUGUAUCAAUGUCUUCAAUUGUAUUAAUUUAGGGGGACAUUUUUCCCUUUUUUUUUUUUUUUUUUUUAAUUUUGAUGCUGCCAUAGUUGGGAAUUGUCCCCAGGUUUAACCUCUUGUAUUUUCCUUUGACCUGCAUUUAUUUGUACCUGUUUAGGCUUUGCUAUAUUCGGCAGAUGUCCUAUUCUAUUCUGUUGGUCCA